AGAAACCCAGUCAGAGUGGGACCUCCUGUCUGCGUCUCUCCCUCUUCUUCUGUCUCUGUUCAGCUGCCUCUGUUUUCCUUCUCCGUUAGCCUUUAGCGUUUUGGCUGGUUAGCUUUAGCUGCUGCUAGGUAGCAGCCAUGUCGCAGUCUCUGUCAGAAGAAGAGUUCCACCGCAUGCAGGCUCAGCUGUUGGAGCUCAGGACUUUAAACUAUCAGCUGUCUGACGAUUUGAGGAAGAACAGCACAGAACUGAACAGUCUUCGUCAAAAGAAUAUGAUUCUGGAAAAAGAUUUUAUCAAAGCUCAGAAGGCUCUGAAUAAAAGCAAAAAAGCUCAGGAAGUGGAUGCCUUGCUGAGUGAGAAUGAGAUGCUUCAAGGCAAACUUCACAGUCAGGAAGAAGAUUUCCGACUUCAGAACAGCACCCUGAUGACAGAACUCUCCAAGCUGUGCACACAGAUAGAACAACUGGAGCAGGAGAACCAGAGUCUGAAGAAAGAAGACGGUGCUUUUGCAGUCACUGCUCCCGCUAGCCCAAACUCCUUAACUGUGGACGAAGAGUUGCUACGUCUCCAAGCUGAGAACUCUGCUCUACAGAAGAAAAUGAAAGGUCUUCAGGAGAAGCUGCAGAGACAGGCAACGCCCCUGGGCAACGCUGACAGGUCAGACAGUACCAAUGGAGUUGCUGAUGUCACAGGGAGAGUGGAGGAGCCUGUAGCGGAAGGAACCAAUGAGAGGCUGAAUCAGGUGACUGAGAUUGAUUUAGUUAUUUCGUGCCUUUCAGAGAAGAGCGUAGAGAAGAUUGUAGCUAAACAGACAGCUGUAGGCUGGUCGGCUGCUCUGUGUCCAAUAACUCACUGCUUUGGACCAGAGCUGGAGAUGGCCCUGAACACCGAGCAGGAGGAGAAGAGACUGCUGAGGGAGCAGGGGCGCCACCUGGAGAAACGCUGGACGCUCACAGACGUUGUCGGACUUUUCUGUAGCGUUUUGUUGAGUUUGAGUGGGUUACGUUGUGUUUGUGUUCAGACGUCAGCAGAGCUGAGAGAGCAGAUGCAGAACAAAGAGAAGGAACACGAAGAAGCUGUGCAUACUAUGAGAGAGCAGGUAGCCAGUCAGAGUGCAGUCAGUCAGGAGCAGGUGGAUAUCAUCCUGCAGGAGAACGAUGCUCUAAGGACCAACCUAGCAGCUCUAGAACAGAUCCAGACAGUUAAAACGCAAGAGAUGAAUCUGCUGCGUGAACAGCAAGAGACGCUGACGUGUGACCUGCAGCAAGUACGAGUUGAGCAGGAGAGGCUGUUGGCUCAAAGGGAUGACCUUAACUCACAGCUGCAGGAGUCAAGCUUUGCCAACAGGAAGUUGUUGGAACAGUUGACAGAAGAAGGACAAGAAAAGGACAAACUACUGAGGGAAAUGGAGGAAGUCAAGAAGACUGCAGAGAAAAGGAAGACCAUGCUGGAUGAUAUGGCCAUGCAGUUAAACCAAGAGAUGUCGGUCCACAAAGAGGCACUGUCAGACCUAAAACUGCAGCAUGAAAAGGAGGUUCUAGGUGUGAGGGCUCGAUAUGAAAAGGAGCUCCGAGGUCUCCACGAGGAGAAGAGUCGCUCUGAAGAGGAGAUCAGACAACAGCUGAGAGAAGAGAAGGCUCGCUCCAAAGAGCUGGAGUGUCUCCAGCCCAGGGUGGACGAAUUGAAGACUCAGCUUCAGUCAAUGGAAGGAACCAGGGGUUGGUUUGAGCGACGCUUGAAGGAGGCCGAGGAGAACUUGGAGAAAAAGUUACUUGAUCAUCAGGAGGAGAUCAAACGUCUGCAGACUGAACACUCACUUCAACUGCAGGAAAAACAGUCACAGUUGGAGACAGUGAAUCAGCAGCUAACGGGGGAGCAAAGGCAGCGGCACGAGGACGGUGAAGUCAUCGUCAAACUCAAACAGGAAAUCAAAGACACGUUGGACGGACAGAGGAUUCUGGAAAAGAAGGGCAGUGCAGCCCGGAAGGAUCUGAAGCGGCAGCUGCAUCUGGAGAGGAAGCGGGCGGACAAACUUCAGGAGAGGCUCCAGGAGAUUCUGACCAAUAGCAAAACUAGAACAGGUCUGGAGGAACUGGUCCUGUCGGAGAUCAACAGUCCAAGCAGGACUCAGCAAACUGGAGAUUCCUCCUCUGUCUCCUCCUUCUCGUACAGAGACAUAAUAAAGGAGGCUCAGCCCACCAUUCAGAACAAGUCAGGAGCAGGCAGUCCUCAGUCUCAGCGUCCAGCUGAACUGUCAGACGAUGAGGUUGGAGAGCUGUUCCAGCGUCUGGCUGAGGUUCAGCGGGAGAAGUGGAUGUUGGAGGAGAAGGUAAAACACCUAGAAGUGAGUUGCUCCUCCAUGGCGGAAGACAUCUGCCGGAAGAGUGCCAUCAUUGAGACGUAUGUGAUGGACAGUCGCAGAGAUGUCUCCGGGGGCGCCAUUGGGGGUCAUGGCAGUUCUCAGGGUCUGGGUUCUGUCCUCAGGGAUCUGGUGAAACCCGGUGAUGAGAACGUGAGGGAGAUGAACAAGAAGCUGCAGCACAUGUUAGAGGAGCAACUCACCAAGAACAUGCACCUGCAGAAGGACCUAGAGGUUCUGUCCCAGGAAUUAGUCCGUCUAAGUAAAGACAGCAGGGCGGCAGAAUCAUGAAAUAAACCGACGUCCGGAUUCAACACUCGCCCAUUUCCUCAGUUGGACACGGGAGUGAUGCCUACGACAUUUCAGUCUGUCAACUGGCUUGGGACUUAAGUGCUGAAAUGAAUGUCGAUAAACAACAGUAGGAAUGUAAAACAUGACUUUAUGUUGGUGUCCAGUGUACUGUAAUUAGACACCAGUCCGUUGCCUGGCUUUGACCUUAAAAAAACAAAAAAAAAAAAAACAA